CCGAAGAAGACAUUCAGACUUUGGAGGCAACAAAACAAAGCUCAUGUUGGUGUUUUAACUCGUCUGCAUGGAUGCAGUUAGCUCUACAUUUAAGCCAGCUCCUGUAAAGUUGAAUUUAUGUCUUUUACCGCAUUAGUGAAACAUUUCUGUGUGUGACUUCAUGGAGACCAAAGCGCGUGCUGUGCUGAAUGCGGUUCCUCCUUACGGACAUGUUGUUGCCAGCGAGAAAUGGAGGAACUCGUCCCUCAUUCAAAGCUUAAAGGGUGGAGGUGUGAAAAUCCUCUUUGAGAAUGAGCUCGGCAUGGCAGAUUUCCACCUGCCCAACAAAAGCUGCAUCCUCUACGUGUCUGAGUGUGACAUCAUAGCAGGAAACAGCUACAAGAAGAAACUGGUUCGCUACAGAAAUACCAGCAGCAGUUUCCAGGCGUUGGUGCUGGUGGAGAACACCAGACUCAGUGAGCAGUAUUUCUCUGCUGUGCAGAAGUUUGUGGUGUUCGACCUCGGCUUGACUCUGCUGCCGGUCAGCGGGCAGACUGAGGCCUCGCAGCUCAUCGCUCAGAUCGUUCACGGGGAGGGCAGAGAGAACCCCUUCAGGAGGAGGAGUUCGUCUCGGCUGUUGGACCCGCUGGUCCUGGCGCUGGUGCAGCAUGUCCCCGGGGUCGGCAGGGUCAAAGCUAUGGCCCUGCUGCAGCAAUUCUCCAGCAUCCAGCAGCUCUGCAACGCCGCCCCCGCCGAGAUGGUGCCCAUCGUGGGUCAGGCUGCAGCUCAGCAAAUCCACAGCUUCUUCCACAAACCCACCGCUGCCGGAACCUGACGGCUCAACUCUAGGUCAUUAUUUAGAUAAGAAGGUUUGGAUUUAAUGGUGAUGCAGCAGCUCUUUGGUUCACAUCAUUAACUCUUCUGUACAAACUUUAAAAACAAUAUUUAUGCACUGUUGUCUGACUGAGAUAUCUCAGUCUGGACCAAAGUGGAGGACCCACAGACAGACAUUGCCGUUCACAGAUUUGCUCUCUGGCUUUGCUGCUCAGUGUGACAAAUUCUGUUUUGUUUUGUUUUGUUUUUUGCACUCUGCACUUUUGCAUCCACAAUAAACAAGUAUCAGUCAUUUGUAGCAUCAGUUGUCCUUUUUUACCUCUUAAAUUCUUUCCUUAGUUUAUCAGUAAUU